AUGUUACAAUCGUUUAUUUUAAAAAUAUGCUAUUUUUCAAGAGUUUGUAUUUUAAUAUAUUGUAUGUAUUCAAAUAAACCUUCAAAAUGCUGCUUCAGUUAUGUAAAAAAAGAGAUCCUUUUAAAAAUGGUGUCCAACUAUGAAAAAACACGAUCAGACUGCACUAAACCUGGCAUUGUAUUCAUCACAAGAAAAGGUAUUCUGGUCUGUGCUAAUCCCGAACAGAAAUGGGUCAAAGACAGCGUUGAUCAUCUGAAUGCAAUUUUAAAACCAUAUCCUGAAGAAUCUUCUUAUCUUCCUCAUCCUCGUCCUCCUCCUCCUCCUCCUCCUACUACUACUACUACUACU